CAUCAUUCUAGUGACUUCAACUUACCUUGAAGAUAUGCCUCGUCUGAAUGAAAAUACAGAGCGUCAGCUCCAUGAGCUGGAGCAUGGCGCACGCACCAGUACUUUGAGAGCUUAGAACAGCUUCAGCAACUUUGCUUUGCGUGAAAAAUGUGCUUGAAGUAGCUGUAGGAUAGAUAAGAUUAUACUAAUGCUUCCAAGCCUUGCUGCUGCAUUCACCGCCUGUGCCAACUUGCUUGUGUCCGACAUCAUCCGCGUCAUCUCUCUCCUACCUUUCCUCAGCCGCAAUCUUGACGAGAAGCUCGCUAUACUUCACAAAGGGCCACACUACAACAGCACCAUAAGCACCGGAUACAACGCCGUAAACCAAGCGCUGGACGAUGGAACAUAGUGCUGGCAUACGGCAACUUCUUCGACCAAAUUGUGAGGUUUCUGCUCAUAGUGAUCAGCUUGUGGAUCAUUACAAUGACCUAUAGCAGAACCAUUGGAGACAAGAAGUAAGUGAAGUGCAAGUAUCGCAGGAGGUACAUCAGCGAGAAGGCAAAGAGGUGUGUCAGUUGCACAAGCUGGUUGGAUGGUAGGGAGGACAGGUGAUAGAACAACGCGGUGAUGUGUAAAGAUAUGCCAGUCGGAAUGGAAAACAUGCAGCUGGACUCUCUUGAAUCCUGGACCGCGAAACAAAAAGCAGAGUUGGCGAAGUCUUCUUCGUAUAGAGUGAAGCCCAUGGCGAAGAGCGAUCUACAUACUGAAUCGAGCAAACUGCAAAAUCCAUUGUAAUGCACAUUACCAAGCGGCUACAUUGAUAAUUGCAGGCGGUGUAGGAUCGAGCAAAGAUGAG